AUGGCUGCUCUUAUGUUAAUUGGAGUAGCAAGUACGGGAGAGUAUUGCCAUGGUUGGGCUGAUGCUUACAACAUCUGGCACAACGGUUUCCAGUGUCCGGAACGUUACGAUGGCCAGGACGCAAAAUAUUGCUGUGGGACUUGCACGCUGCGGUACUGCUGCACCGCCGUCGAAGCAAGGCUGGAUCAGACGACUUGUGACAACGACAACUUUUUCGAGUUCGAAAAUGAUAUGCAUGCUGUCAUGUUUUUCUCCUCAGUGCCCACAUACAUGCCUUUCUUGAUUGUGGCAAGUGUGUUUUUGUCCUUCGUGCUUGUUGGCUCCAUCGUGGCUAUCUGUUGCUGUCAGUGCCUGAGGCCCAAGCCAGGAGACUGUCAGAGUGGAUCAGCACCAAUCCAAAGCCACCUGCUGGAGUCUGGGGCCUCCUCGGAUGGACUGCCCCAGCCCUGCCCCUACAGAGUCAGCCCCGGGUCAAGUUCUGCAGAGAGGCAGCAGAAUGACGGCGACACGGGGACAGAGGACACCACGGGCACUGUCAGCAUGUGUGCACCAGAGGGAAGGGGUGGAUACCCCACGCCAGGUGCUCAGGGCAAACAAUACCUCCCCCCUUCACAGCCCUUGGGUCCCUUUUUCCAGCCACAGUUCCUAAGCUACCGGAUUCCCCCAGAGCAUGCAGUGCUGAUGACCCCUGCAUACCUGGAUGGCCGUACCACUUACGGGCAACAGGAGGCAUAUUCUUUCCCUCAAGCCCCCAUGCACAUGGAGCCGAUAUAUCCUGCAAUCCCCAUGUGA